AUGAGUACUGCUCAAUAUCAAAAUUAUAACGGAGAUCAAAGACAACGUAUUGGAACUCCUGAUGGCGGAGAAAUGGAAAAACAUUUUAAUGAUGCUAAAUCAUAUAUUUUAUCAACAACAUCAAAAAAUGGUGUUAAUUUAUAUAAUCAUUUAGUAAAAUGUGUUUCUCGAUUAUUAACUGAACAACCACGUGAUUCUGCUGUUAUAUUUGAAGAUAUUAGCAAAUCUACUCGAUCUCAAGAAGAGAAGAAAGAAGAUGAACCGAAUCCAGAGGCAGAACAGAUUUUAAAUGAAGAACAAAAACCACUUUUUGAGAAAGGUGAAAAUACAGAUGAUCUUGAUGAAGAAGCAUUACAAUCACCAUUGCCUCAUAUUCUUGAACAAGCCUAUUAUUUUGAACAAGCUGGUAUUGGUCUUGGACGAGAUGAAACAUAUCAAAUUUGGCUUGCACUUAAACAAUUAGUUGAUAAAAGUCAAUUUGAAAAAUUACGUUUUUGGGGUAAAAUAUUAGGUACAGAAAAAAAUUAUUAUGUAGCUGAAGUUGAACAAAAUGCUGAUGAUGAAGUUGAGGAAGAAGAAGAAAAUGAAGAAAAUAAUGAAAAUGAAGAUGGAAAAGAUCUUGAUGAUGAUGAAGAAGGUGAAGGUGAUGAAGAUCCUUUGCCAAAAUCAACGUUUAAAUCACCACCAACUGUACCAAAAGAAGAACGUGGUACAGGUGUUAAUAAAUAUACUUAUUAUGUUUGUAAUCGUCCUGGAGCACCAUGGGUUAGAUUACCAACAAUAACACCAGCACAUAUAUCUCUCGCAAGACAGAUAAAAGUCUAUUUUACAGGAGAUUUAACAAGAGAAAUCAAAUCUUAUCCAGCUUAUCCAGGAACAGAAAAACAUUAUUUACGUGCACAAAUUGCAAGAAUUAGUGCAACAACACAAGUAUCACCUAAUGGACGAUUUAAAUUCUCAGAUGAAGAAGAAGAAGAGGAAGAAGGUGGUCGAACAAAUUAUGAAGAUAAUGAAGAUUUUACAGGUGCACCAUUAUCAGAAUUAACUGAUGAAGAAUUAAAUGGAUGGGUUCAUCAUGUUUUACAUAUUCUUCCUCAAGGUCGAACAAAAUGGUGGAAUCCAAAAGAAGGUGAAGAAGAAGAAGAGCAAGAAGAAGAGGAAGAUGAAGAUGCAAAAGCUGAAAAUGAACCACAACCUGAACAAGGCCCACCACUUUUAACACCAGUUGGUGCUGAUGCAGAUAUUCAUCAUACAAAAGCAUGGACAGCAAAAAUAUCUUCCAAUUUAAUUCCACAAUAUGCCUGUGCAUUCAUUCGAUCAAAUCUUUGGCCUGGUGCAUAUGCAUUUGCACGUGGAAUGAUCUGGGAAAAUAUUUAUAUUGGUUGUGGACAUAAAUAUGCAACAUCCGAUUAUAAACCUGAAUUACCACCUUUACCAGCAACUGAAUAUAACGAUGGACCAGAAAUUUUAGAAGCAGAUGAUCCAACUGCUGAAGAUGAAGAAAAAGCUCGUGCUGCUGCUGAACAACCUGAAGAAGCCGAAGAAGAAGAGGAACAAGAAGAAAAUGAAGAUGAAGAAGAUUAA